GUCUUCCUGAAAAAAAACGGCGUCGUAUGAGUCAUAAGAGAUAGUUGAACCCUAGUCUCGCUCUCCCGCUCAUCGACUGCACUUCCAUUUCUCAUUCUUACCUUAAACCCUAGUUUCUCUCUCUUCUCUCAACAGCAAGAUGAAGCUCGUCAGAUUUUUGAUGAAAUUGAACAACGAGACGGUUUCAAUCGAGCUCAAGAAUGGAACUGUAGUUCAUGGAACUAUCACAGGUGUCGACAUCAGCAUGAACACACAUUUAAAGACCGUCAAACUCACACCCAAGGGGAAAAACCCAGUAACUAUGGAUCACUUGAGUGUUAGAGGGAACAACAUCCGAUAUUACAUUCUUCCUGACAGCUUGAACCUUGAAACCCUACUCGUGGAGGAGACACCAAGAGUCAAGCCUAAAAAGGCCGCUGCUGGGAGACCUGUGGGACGUGGAAGAGGCCGAGGCCGUGGUCGUGGAAGGGGUCGUGGUCGUUAAUUUUGUGGCAGGCUGGCCCAAUCGUUGUUCUUUUGGUCCUUGUAAACAGAUCUUUUGUGACCGGAAAAAGUUCAUCAGUGUCGAGGUGCGAACGUGAUUACGCUUUGACUUUAUCUGCCUUGUUGGCUGAGCUAUGAAUUGUACGUCGUAUUUCUACUUAAGGACCUUAGUAUUGAAUAUUGAUAGAUGUUGCAAAGAGGAGUGUACUUGUUAAGAAUUAAACAGUCGCUAAUUGUUUGUAGAAAUUAGUCAAGUUAUGUUUCAUCAUUAUGAUAUUACUAUUAGACCA